GCCCUGACAACGCACCAGAACCAUCAGCAAAUCCUAAAGGUCCAGGAGGUCCAGGAGGUCCAGCAGACCAAAGUGCCCCAGCAGGAGCACCAGGACCACAAGCUACCGGCCCACCACAACCCGGUUCAAGCGGAACACCAGCAGGACCAAACGCCCCCGGAUCAAGUGCAGCCCCCGGAGGCCCCGCCCCUGGAUCAUCCAAUGCACCAGCAGGUGCACCAGGUGCUAGUGGUGCCCCAGCCUCUCCAACUGGUGCUUCUGCUCCUAAGGGUAGUGAACCUGCCGCUCCAAAGAGUUCAGGAGCUUCUCCUGCCGGUGCACCGUAA